AUGUCGGAUAAGCUUUCUUCUCCAAGCAGCAGCUCUGGGUAUUCACCUAGAACUCGAGGCAGUGCAAGUAGUGAUGAAUCAUCCUUCAUAACUGUGAGGAAGCAUCCUCCUACCUAUGUCUACUCGAACGAAUCAUUCGAAGUGCAGCUGCAGUUGGAGACACCAAAAGUAGCCAGCCCCUCGGCUCCGUCAUCUCAGCCCAUUGAACUUGGUGCUUCCCUUCAUCAUGUCAAGAAUGGACGAGAGUGUACAUCUGAAGCGAUUCUGAUAACUGAGCCAUCAAGAAUAGAUCUGUCGCUCAAGAAAAAAACUUGUACUAUUAAGUGUAUGAUUCGCAUGGAUGGCAUACGAGGAGAUCAGGGAGCUGGUUUGGAGGUUAGAUUUACACCGAAAAAUGACCUUUCUCCAUCUGCUCGAAGUGUUAUUGGGGCAUCCACCAAACCCAUCACAAUUGUCAACUAUAAAGUCAAGAUAACACUUGAGGAAGAAUGGGAUAACGUUUGGUACAAGGAUGAAGGGGGCAGGGACAAGUGCAUGGAGUUGUUUGUUGCGAUAUACGACAAAGAUGGACAAAUACGAACUGGAGAACAAAUUCCGCUACAACCAAUGCUCUGCUAUGCGUCGGAGAGUGGUAUCCCAGUGAAGGUCUCGAAUCAAGAAGUUAUGCGUACUCUCGGUUCUAGCAAGGUUCAUAUCGACAAGGACAGCGGAAAAGCUAGGAUCAGAUUCCGUGUAGAAGAUGUCUCCAAGAAUCACCAAGGCCAAGACUUCAAGCUUCAAGUAGGACCUGAUCCCAAAGCCAAGCUAUUCAAGGACGUUGCCCCAGAUUAUACACCAUCCGUAAACGUCCGUUCAAAACGAAACAAAAGAUCAAGAGCAGCUUCAAGCGGCAGUCGCGGUGUUGGAGAGAGAAAAAUAUCAAGUCCCAUGGCUAGCAGAGCCCGAUAUGAUGCACCCCCCGAUGUUUCCCUUGACAGAUCAGACCUAUCGACGCUACGAGACUCUAUGAAAAAUGUCCUUCAUUGGGCUGAUGAAGUAGUCAACGGGUUGUAUCCUCUUCAAUGGCAGAUUAUGGGAUACGCUCAGCACCCAGAUGGCACACCUGAUUAUGCAAGUCCCUAUCACAACAUGCCAAACCCGAAUGGAUGCAUCAAUCGAAUUCUUUCUAUGUAUUCGGAGUCAGUGCGUGAAAAUCUUCGCUUAAUCUCCAAUGCUAUUGACUCCACUGAAGGAGUUAGACCGACGGAACAAUCGUACCUACCAUUACCCGGCGCUCUCCCGGCGUCGGACGAUCCUUAUGGAAUGAUGCGCGGUCAACCUGGUCCAAUGAAUCCUCAGGUCGGGCUUCCAACACAGUCUGUGAACAGACGUCCUGUUCCUGGAAUGCUACCACCAAUGGGGCAAGAGACAUUUCGAGAUAAACCAGAUGGUCCCAUGCCACCCUUUCAACCUCGUGGACAGAUGCCCCCGAUGCAUCACCCAUCGAAUAUGGGUUCAGUGUCAAUUCCAAGGCGACAAAUGUCUGGCCCAAGUCCAUUCAUGGAUCCGAUGCUUCAGAACCAACCCCAGCACGGUCGCAUGAUGCACCAGCAGCAGCAAGUUAUUAACCAUACAGGCAUGCACAUGCACCCAGACGCGCUCAACGAGUCCACUGUAGAAAGCGAAGUUGCUUAUGUACUUGCGAAGCAAUACAAGGCAGCACGGACUGGGGAGCGCUUAGGAUUUCCUGCCUACAGCACAAAUAAGGAGAUUCUUGGCUUCUACCGCGAAGCGAGUGGAAAAGUUGGCGUGGGUUCGUUCCAUCCUCUUUCGAGGCAUCGGAAUGAUUUUGGACCAUUGGAAGUCUUGCAGGCAAACGAUAUCUUGGAGCGUGCAAUCGCCAAGAAGAGCGAUGCUGUACAUGCUCUCAAGGACUGGGGAACCAUGGCCAAUUUGCUCGACCAUGCACUAGUAUAUGAUUGGAGUAAAGAUAUUUCUGGUGAUCCAUCCAACUCUUCUUCCGAAUAA